GGCAGCUCCAAAAAUGCUUUCUUUUGGAGUUCCAUUGUUCUGGAUUUUGCGCGGUCUGACUAUUCGUCAUUAUGCCUCGAUUGUCGUGUGCGCAUAAGCUCAGCGCCAAUAAGAAGUUGCAGCGGGUGGAUUCCUUGAUAACAUUUUUGAAGAGCGCAACAAAGCAGCAGAUGUCCGCAAAGCUGCACGACAUCUGGGCGGCUCCGCAAGCGACUAUCACAGAAGCUCGACUUCUCCUGACAUUAGGUGCCAAUCCCGAAUCUCUCUACAAAGACGAUUAUGGAAGAAGGACUCUCAGGGACCGCGUCGAUAACGGAACAGUUUGUGAUAAAUGCAUAUGCAAAUACAACGCGUUCUUAGACUACGCUGAUAUAAUACACGAGGAAAUGUGUGAGCAGACACCAAUCAAUAUCGUACGAGGCCGCAAAUGCACAUCUGGUCUGUUGCCUCUAUGUCUGGACGGAGGUGGAAUGCGUGGGCUCGUCUCUGUAGUUUGUCUUCUUUUCGCUUCGCGACGAUUACUUGGCGAUGAGACGUUGGUCAACUAUUUCGACUGGUUGAUAGGCACAAGCACUGGAUCCAUGCUUGCGCUAUCAACUGCAAAUGGUAGAACACUUAGCGAAUGCUUCUUCUUGUACUGGAACAUGAAGCGACAAAUUUUUCUAGAAGGUUCUACGAUGUCACGACUGUUUGGCGAUCAGGUUACCAUACAAACUCGCAAUAUCGAAAAAGUGUUGUCGGACUGCUUUCCCACUGAGACAUUCCAUAAAUGUAAUCGACGACUCACGGUGCCUGCUUUAGAUAUCUCUAUGGCACCAGCUCGUUUACAUAUUUUUAGAAAUUACUCGUUUAAGCGGCCGUUUGGCGCACGUCUGGACGAUGAACAAGACGUGAUGUUCAAAGAAGCCGCACGAGCUAGCAGUGCUGCGCCAACAUAUUUCGAACCGUUUGAAUAUCAAGGCAAAAGGUUUGUCGAUGGGUCUUUUGUAGCAAACUAUCCGCUGAAUAUACUCUUUAAGGAAGUCGACUCAUUCCAUAAGAAUAAUAACCGGAUCCACUUAGCGGGUGUGGUAUCAAUAGGAACUGGUGAACCAGCCCAAUUAGAACGAAAGUAUAAAAGUGGGACUACUUUGAGAGCAAAGGCAAGAAGUAUGGCUCAUCUGAGCACUCUCAUCCUUGAACAGGUUGUCGGACAAGAUCUCUUAGCUGUCGAGAUGGCUGAAGAGCGCUGUCAGGCAUAUAACAUACCAUUCAUUCGUAUAAGCCCAAAAGGCAUCAGAGAGCGUAUCGAUCAAAUCGACGACAGCAAGCUCAUGGAUAUGAUUUGGACAACUCUAAUGUGGCUGGAUCAAGAAACGCAAAGGGAAAAAGGUCAAAAAACUUCAACGGUUUUGUUUCACGAUUGGGGCGAAACGAGUUAUAGCUACAUCAAUGGAUAA